AUGCUGCUUGAAGAGAACAGAGGAGAAGAUGGAGAGUUUCAGGGUCUUGGAACCUUCGUCAUGAUUCUAUUGGAAGGGGGCGCCAGGGCCCUUUCAGGAUUAAUCAGAGCUAUCACCGAGCCUGAGCCCCAGCAGAAAGCGCCGCGGAAGAGGGGAAAGGCAGGCAAAGCUCGUAAGCCAGCCAAGAAGACGCCGGAUCCUGUGACCCCAGCUCAAUAUCCCAUACGCGUCUCCGAGUUUGUAGAGAUGGCUGAACACAUUGCUUCAUUUGAUCCCAAGAUCGAAGUCCCAGCUGCGCUACAAAAAGUUUUUGACCGAGUGAUCUUAGCUCGGAGCAAAGUGGCUAGUUGGUUCGAGAGAGGGCACUCGACCGAUUACGUCAACAACCACAGGCACUCCUACUUUAUCACCGUUCUGGAAAAGGCGGCAAAACUGCUGAAGCCUCUGAUACCAGAGACGCCAGUAGUUUCUGAGAACAUCAAGCUACAAAACAGGUUCGCCGGGCUUACGGUCGAAGAGACGGACCCACUGGACGAACUCAUCACCGAAGUUAAGGAGAAGCAAUUGCCCAAAGUCGACCCUAUCCCGAUUGAGCAAGACGAGGAGAGUCUCGAGCACGACUUCUUCUUCGCUAUCGCGACAUUUCUUGAGGAGAUCUACGACGUGCGAGCAUGGAUUGUGCGAGAGUGGGAUGAAUAUCGGCAGACAGGUGAAGGUCUCACACGCGCGGCAGUGCUUUCCAAUACGGCCGUCGAUCUGGUGCGAUCUGCUGAGAAUCAAUUCGAUCAGAUGCUCGUUCGUCCCAAGAAUGCCCGUAUACACAAGCUGACGGAGAUGAUUAGAUACCCCGCCAAGGAUUACCCUGUUUGGACUCUUCCGGCACUGCUUUACGCUCGCAUGCACGAUUUCUUUUACUACGGCGAUGUCAAAGACAAUGUCGGUAAACUCGUCAAGCCGUCUAUGAGAAUCCAGACAAACGAUCAUUUGUGCGAGCAGGAAACAUAUUGCAUGUGGCACGUCUAUAGCGGCCUAAAGUCAUUCGCUAGUGACGCGGACAAAAUGGCGCUGGAGGUCUUUGAGACCCUGGAAUGGGCUCAGUUCUUCGACGUCGCAAGUCAUCCCCAUCUGUCUCAUUUCGCCGUCGACGAGACUGCUCGGUGUAUCAAACACAUGAUAACUUUCAAAGAGAUUCCUAUAUGGCCCACUGUAGCGGUUCAGAUGUUCUUUGACGUUGAGUCGGUGUUUCAAGAGAAGGGCACGCUUGCAGCGCCUUUCCGCGAGUACAGAGAGACUGUUCGUAAAGCCGCGGAGGAUUUCUCUAAAAUCGAUCCUAUCGAGCGGCCAUUCAAGGGAUCUGCGGAUUCCGACAAAAAGAUAGCCUCGAUCUAUCAGAACAUGCGUAAUAUCUUGAGCGACCAUCAAGACUACGCGAUUCGUGAUCGCUGGGGAAGAUUCAUCCGGAAGAUCAAGGAGGACAUGCAUGAGCCACUGAGUAAAACUGUAGACGAGCGGGAUUACGUCUUGAAAAGGCAUCCGAUCCGCUGCGGGCUUCUGAAGUACGAACUACAGCUACAGCUUAAUCACAGAGCUUCCAAAAUCGAGCAUAUGGCGGGCGACAUCCUUUACAUGGCCUGGCUGUAUGUUGCGGUAAGCCGGAUACUGCACCCGGAAAUGUCCCGAUGGCCUGACAUGGUAUAUCUACUCAACGGUCGACAAGACAAGCUGUUCUUCGGCGAAUGGCCAAAGACUCUCGACGAAGUGGGUAAGAAGAUUGAUCUCGGACGCGGCUACUCCAUUGCCAAUAAGGCGAGCAAUCGGCGUUCAAAGAAGGACACCUGGGACAACAAGCAGCUGCGCCGACUCGACGACCCAACUGUGAUCGGAGAAUUGUUUUUGAAGCGGAUGGGUGCGGAACCCAAAUCAACAGCAGAAGCCCACGAAUGGGUGAUGAAGUUAGUCAGCCUGGUGUGCAAGCCCGAGUCGCAAAAGAUCUUGGACCGACAAGAAAACUUACCCCAAGGUACUUACGAAACAUCAGAGUUCUUGAAGUCCGUGGAAUUGCAACGCAAGCCCUUAGCCUUGCUCGGAGAGAUUCGCCAGUGGCUCCUAGCGGAUAAAAACGACCUGCACUUCGACUGGUUCGGUAUGUUGUCUACCUGUACAAACAUCUGGAAGACAAUCAUGCCGGCAUUUCGCAAGAAUCCCGUGUUCAAAGACGACCCUAAAAUCUACAACUGGAACGUUAAUACUGUAAUCACUGUACUCAAGACAGAAUCUAUCGCGCAAGACAUGGGCACGCCUAUGCCAAUCUUUGAGGUGGCUUGGGAAACUUUAAAGCAGUUCAUCCAGACCCCAGUAUCAAAGGAGAGCGGCAGCAAAACAUGGAAGGGCGAUCUACAUUUGGCCAAGCUUGUAGAUGUUUGCAACCCUGCGAUGACGUUGAUGAACCCAGGGCCCGUCAGCUUCAUGAAUCUCUACGCAAACUGGGGUGAUGAAGACAAGAGAGAUUCUCGUGUGGGCAGAGCAGUUUGGUAUGCGAUGCAGGCAUUUGGUGCUAGGACCGGGAAGGAGAAGAACAAAAAAGAGGGCGCGAAAGAAGAGACAGAUGGUGAAGAGUCAGUCAGCGAGGUAUCAGCCGCCGAGGAGCCUGUCAACGAGGAACCAGCCGACAAAGAGCCAGUGAACGAUACACCCGCGGAUGAGGACGAACCCAGCGAGCACUCAGGCAGCCAAGACGAUGAGACGGCUGAAAUCGACGAAGCAGCUUCGGAUGCUGGUAGUGGCAUCAGUAUUCAGGAAUUCUCUUUGGACCUUAAUGCGCUAGCUAGCCAGUACAAAAACGGCGGCAACAAUAUCAUCUUCAUGGGCAACAAAAUGAAAGCGCCGGUAGCCAUCAGUCGCGCGCAGAUGGGCCAGCUACGUACGGCACCCAAUGGGGACUUCGUAUUGCCCGGCGGACCCCCAAGCCGGUCUUCUCGAGUACAAAUGCUACCCCCACGGCAGUCGAAGCGUGUUCGUGGUGUUCGUGCAAUAGCUACGACAGAAGAUGCCCCCGAUCUGUGUGCUUGCGGUCUCAGUCGGUACGGAGUGAGUGUAAGGCCGAUACCGACAAUGAACACCAAGGCAGCGAAAGUGGAGCACCAAUGUAUGGGAGCGCUAUUCGAAGGGAUCGACGUACCGGACCGUGACCUUGGUGACGCUAUCAAGGUAACACGGCGCAAGAUUUGA